AUGAAGUUAACUGUUGCCUAUCGCGAUUAUGCUAAGCCAACAACCUGUAAAGAAGCUAUUCAAAGAUGGGAAGAGAAAACUGGUUCACCUGCCAGUGAGCAGAAAGAAAUUAUUUUGUCUUUUCAGUGGCCUCCAAUUGAAAAGAUGGAUAAUACUUUAGCAGCACUGGCUGCUGUGGAGAAACUAUCGCUUUCGACGAACAUGAUAGAGAAGAUCAGUGGCAUCAAUUCUUUGAAAAAUUUGAGGAUUUUAUCUUUAGGACGUAACAAUAUAAAAACAUUCUCUGGAUUAGAAGCAGUAGGUGAGCAUUUAGAAGAAUUAUGGAUAUCUUAUAAUCUAAUAGAAAAGAUCAAAGGCGUCAACGUUUUAAAAGCGCUCAAAGUGCUUUAUAUGUCCAAUAAUUUGGUAAAAGAUUGGGCGGAAUUUAACCGUUUGCAAGAAAUACCCAAUCUUGAAGACUUGUUGUUUGUUAAUAAUCCUAUAUGUGAAAAUAUGGAUGUGGAGUCUUGGCGUAGUCAAGUCACCCGGCGACUUCCUAAAUUAACAAAACUCGACUCUAUACCAAUCGUGUGAAUAUUUUUAUUAUAAAUUCAAUGAUAAUAUAAUUAAUUUUUGAAGUACGAAAGUCAAGUAAUAAUUA